AUGGCUUCCGCGUUCAAGAUUGCAGCGCUUUUCUUCCUUCUCUGUGGCUCGUGGCGUUGGUCAGCGGUCUCCGGCACCAGUCCAAUGACUGCCGUCGACAUGUUCGAGCAGUGGAUAGCUCAGUACGGGCGAACUUACGCGAACGAAUCCGAGAAGUCAUAUCGCCUUGGGGUGUUCACCAGGAACCUGGACUACGUGAACGCCUUCCGCCAAGCCGGGAACCGCAGCUACACCGUCGGCCUCAACCACUUCGCAGACCUCACCGACGAAGAAUUCCUUGCCACCUACACCAGCACCGGACUGAGUCCAUCAGACGGCUCUUAUCCUGGAUUGAUGCCUUUCCAGUACGCGAAUGUGACUGCUCCCAGUAGCAUCGAUUGGCGGAAUGAGGGAGCAGUGACCCCUGUCAAGAACCAAGCUCAGUGCGGAUCUUGCUGGGCAUUCUCUGCAAUAGCAUCGAUAGAAGGCAUCAACAAGAUCGUGAAGGGGAGCCUGAUAUCUUUGUCGGAGCAACAAGUGUUUGCCUGUGACCACUACGAUGCUGGAUGUAGCGGCGGUCUGCAUUACCGAGCAUUCUCCUACGUCGUCUCCAGUGGAGGCAUCACGACGGAAGGGAAUUAUCCGUACCAACCGCAUCAGGUCGCCUGCAACUCCACCAAGCAAUCGGACCAUGCCGUCUCCAUAACCGGCUACGCGAUGGUUCCCACGAACAACGAGACGUUACUCAUGAACGCAGUGGCUAACCAGCCAGUUUCCGUCUCCGUUGACGCCCACACGUUCCGGUUCUACAAAGGUGGCAUCUUCGACGGGCCUUGUGGGACCAACCUCGAUCAUGAUGUCACUUUCGUGGGUUAUGGAACAGACGAGAAUGGGGUUGCGUAUUGGAUAGCUAAGAAUUCAUGGGGCGCCUGGUGGGGUGAUCACGGCUACAUUCGUUUCAAGAAGGACGUCGCUGAAAAGGAAGGACAGUGUGGUCUUACCUUGAGGGCUUCUUAUCCCAUCAUCUAA